UGCUCUAUCCCACCUUCUUAUGUGCAUAUUCUUAGGAACUCUAAGUCUUCUUCCUCUCUCUCUCUAUAUAUCAAUACCAAUCUGAAACCUCUGGUUUGAGGGAUCAAUCUCAGAUUCCAGGUACACUUUUUUGGCAUUUGAGUUGUCGGGAACACAAAAUGGGAAGACAACCUUGUUGUGACAAAGUGGGGUUGAAGAAGGGUCCAUGGACUGCAGAGGAGGAUAAGAAACUCAUCAACUUCAUCCUCACCAAUGGCCAAUGUUGCUGGAGAGCUGUUCCUAAACUUGCAGGGCUGUUAAGGUGUGGUAAAAGUUGCAGGCUGAGAUGGACAAAUUACCUAAGGCCAGACCUGAAGAGAGGCCUUUUAUCAGAAUAUGAAGAGAAAAUGGUGAUUGAUCUCCAUGCUCAACUUGGCAAUAGGUGGUCUAAGAUUGCGUCUCAUCUCCCAGGAAGAACUGAUAAUGAGAUCAAGAAUCACUGGAACACUCAUAUAAAGAAAAAGCUCAAGAAAAUGGGAAUUGAUCCUGUUACCCACAAGUCACUUUCCAUUGCAACUGAGCAAACCCAAGCCCAACCAGAUGAACAACCCCAUCAGCCAUUGCAAGAACAACAACAUCAGCAACAAGGUCUCCAAGUUGAGGAAGACCCAAAAUUUGAGGCUGAAAAUGGGCAAAACAAGGAGGCGGAGAAGGCAGAGACUUCGUUUGAUUUAUCAAGCAUCACCGAAGAAGCUAAGGAGGAAGACCAAAUCAUGACACCACUUUUUGACUCAAUAAUGAAUGAGUUCUGCACUGAUGAAGUUCCCAUUAUAGAAGCCAGUGAGAUAUUAGUUCCAUCUGGUGCUACUUCAACUUCACCAACCACAACAUCAUCUUCAACAUCAUCGUCUUGUUAUUCAAAUUCCCCCAACUUGUUUGAAGACCUGCUGCUCCCAGAUUUUGACUGGUCCGAUGAUUACAAUGAUACUAAGAUUGACAAUAACAACAGCAGUGUGGCCUUGUGGGAUGAUGACUUGAUUAGAAGUUGGAAUCUGCUUCUUAAUGAUGAUUGCGAUGGUGACAGAAAGCAAGUGUUUGACACUUCUGUCAAUCAGUACCCGAGAGUGAUCAUGGAUUCAGAAUCUUGGGCAUAUGGCUUGUUUUGAGUUCAAUUUUUUUUCUCCACUUCUUACUUGUAAUGUGCUUGUAAGUUGUUGCAAAGAAUAAAAACUUAAUCAGAAUUCAAACACAACCAAAACUCUUAUUUAGUA